AUGGAAGGAAACAGCGGAUACCUCUUAUUCACGCGCACCGCAGUGGUUUACGGUUUAAUCCUCAUCAACCCGGAGAAGACAUCCCCUGGGAGUGUGGGCGUGAAGGGCAGGUUUAGGGGUACGUCGCUCCAGGCGUGGCCAGAAAAGAGUGUUACCGCUCAGGCGUGGAGGCACCAGGUGCCAAUGGAGGACAAGUUGUUCAAGAGGCUGUUCAUUGGCUAUAACAAGUGGUCCCGCCCCGUACGAAACAUCACCGACGUCGUCAUCGUCAAGUUUGGUCUGUCCAUCGCACAGCUCAUAGACGUGGAGUGGAGUGACUAUAAGCUGCGGUGGCGUCCGUCUGACUACGACAACGUAACGUCCAUUAGAGUACCCUCUGAACUCAUCUGGUUGCCUGACAUCGUCCUCUAUAACAAUGCGGAUGGUGAGUUUGCGGUGACCCACAUGACCAAGGCUCAUCUGUUCCAUAGUGGUGAUGUGUGCUGGGUUCCCCCGGCCAUCUAUAAGUCCUCCUGCUCUAUAGACGUCACCUUCUUCCCCUUCGAUCAGCAGAACUGUAAGAUGAAGUUUGGCUCCUGGACCUACGACAGAGCUAAAAUAGAUCUGGAGCCUAUAGGGGAUACUGUUGAUCUGAAAGACUACUGGGAGAGUGGCGAAUGGGCUAUAGUGAACGCAGUGGGAACCUACAACACUAAGAAGUAUGACUGUUGCCAUGAGAUCUACCCUGAUAUAACCUACUACUUCAUGAUCAGACGCCUGCCUCUAUUCUACACUGUCAAUCUCAUUAUCCCUUGCCUCCUCAUCUCCUGUCUCACUGUCCUGGUGUUCUAUCUGCCUUCUGACUGCGGAGAGAAGAUCACCCUGUGUAUUUCUGUCUUACUCUCUCUCACCGUCUUCCUCCUGCUCAUCACUGAGAUUAUCCCGUCCACCUCCCUGGUGAUUCCUCUCAUCGGGGAGUAUCUCCUCUUCACCAUGAUCUUCGUCACUCUGUCCAUUGUUAUAACGGUGUUUGUCCUGAACGUCCACCAUCGUUGCUCUGCUACUCACACGAUGCCUCGCUGGGUUCGGACACUCUUCCUGUCUGCCAUUCCCCGGUGGCUCUGCAUGAAACGACCCCCGCCUGACCUCAGGAGGAGGGGCCUAGCCGACAAACUCCACCCCGUUGGAACCUUCAGAACGCCUGGUCCCUCCCACUCUUCGUCGUAUUCCACAGCCCACACCCUGUCCCCUGCAGUGUUACGAGCCCUGGAGGGGGUGACCUACAUCGCUGAACACCUCAGAGCCGAGGACCAAGACAUCUCUGUGAAGGAGGACUGGAAGUACGUUGCUAUGGUGAUCGAUCGUAUCUUCCUGUGGAUGUUCAUCAUCGUGUGUCUCCUGGGAACCAUCGGAUUGUUCUUACCACCCUGGCUGGCCGGCAUGAUCUAGAACCCUGUGUGUGUGUGUGUGUGCAUGUAAUAAGAAUAAUUUGGUGGGUGCUUAU